CUUGCGGCAAAUCGCCGCAAUCAGCCGGAUGUGGAUAUUUUUUCACGGGAGCCAUCUUGGUUUUUUUUACAUAAGACCUUCUGGUUUCGACAACCAUUUUAGUCACACCUCCUCGCCUUGUCGAGUGCCCCAACUCAUCUUCGUGACACGCGUUAACAUCUGCUGGCCAGGAUGACCGACAUGGAUGAUACACACUUCGAGACCGGAGACUCCGGUGCCUCGGCCACUUAUCCGAUGCAGUGCUCGGCACUCCGCAAGAACGGAUUCGUGAUGCUCAAGUCGCGCCCGUGCAAGAUCGUCGAGAUGUCCACAUCGAAGACGGGCAAACACGGACACGCCAAAGUCCACUUGGUCGGCAUUGACAUUUUCUCAGGAAAAAAAUACGAGGACAUUUGUCCCUCCACUCACAAUAUGGAUGUGCCACAUGUUAAGCGCGAGGAUUAUCAAUUGACUGAUAUCAGUGAUGACGGGUAUUUGACGCUGUUGCGCGAAAACGGAGACUUGCGCGAGGAUCUCAAGCUUCCGGACAGCGAACUUGGUGCUCAGUUGCGUUCUGAAUUCGACAGUGGCAAGGAGCUUUUGUGCACCGUGUUGCAUUCGUGCGGCGAGGAGUGCGUGAUUGCCAUCAAAACAAACACUGCCCUCGAGAAAUAAAAGCGCAAGCGGUGAGAAAGGCGUGGUGUGUGAAGUCAAAGGCAGAGGAGAAGAAAAUCAACACGCAGAAAAAGAGUUAAACAAAAAGCAGACACACAGAGACAGGAAAAAGGGAGGAAAUCAUAUUCCAAAACACUUUGAGAAAAAGAUUGUAAACGAAGUCACAUGCAUUUUCUUUCCUUCUUGCAAGAUAAAAAAAAACCUUAACAAAGACGCUUUUCUUCAGCGCAAUUUCAAGUAAUGAAAGCUUGAUUUUUUCCCCUCAAGUGAGACAGUUAAAGAAAAAAAAGGCAUUUUCCCCUUUGCAAUGGCAUGAAGAUUCUCAGAAAAAAUGAAAAUUGAAUAUCGAUUAACACAGAAGAGAACAAACACAUACUUUUUAAAAUGAUUACUGAGAAAUGAAGAGAGUGAAAAGAGAAGCAUUUUUAUGAGAGAGAGAAAGAGAGAGAGAGAGAGUAAAAAUGAUAAAUAUUUUUCGUAUGUGGAAAAAAUCAAAUUGAAGAAAAGUGCGGAAAGAGUGACAAGAUAUCGACAAAAAAAAUAUA